CGCGCAGGCGUAGUCUUGGAUUCGUCUCGUCGUCUCUCUGCUGUGAGGACAUCUUCUCCCUGCUCCCGAGGCCUGAGGCGCGGCUUGGGGUCCUGGGUGAGAGGCUACCGCUGUCUCACAGCGGGUGAGUUGAAGCCAAAGCAGACUGAGCGAAGCCUGUUUUUGAAGUAAGAAUUUGCCUAAUUAUGGCACCUGCUGGAAGAAAACAUACAGGGAAAUCUGGGAAACCAUCAAUGGAAGGCCAAGUGAGCCGAGCUUAUGACUUUGACAAGGAAGACAAAAAAGAUUUGAGUGGUUCUGAGGAAGAUGCUAGGGAAGGAGAGACUACAGCCAUUGAAAAGCAUGGGAAAAAAAGAUCAUCUACUGUCAUUACUCGUGGAAUACUUGAAGAAGAUAUGGGGGGUGAAGUACAGAACAUGUUGGAACGAUUUGGAGCUGAUAUUAACAAGGCUCUUCUUGCAAAGAAGAAAAGAUUGGAAAUGUAUACUAAGGCUUCUCUUAAAACUAGUAAUCAGAAAAUUGAGCAAGUUUGGAAAACACAACAAGAACAAAGGCAAAAACUCAGCCAUGAAUAUUCUCAGCAGUUCCUGACAUUAUUUCAGCAAUGGGAUAUGGAUAUUCAGAAAACUGAGGAACAGGAAGAAAAAUUAGCUAACAUGUUUCGGCAACAACAAAAGGUUUUUCAGCAAGCCAGAAUAGUUCAAAGCCAGAGACUGAAAACGAUUAAACAGCUAUAUGAACAGUUCUUAAAGAAUAUGGAAGAUUUGGAAAAGAACCACGAAAACCUUCUUACAGGUGCACAAAAUGAACUACGAAAAGAGAUGGCCAUGUUACAAAAGAAAAUUAUGAUGGACACUCAGCAGCAAGAAAUGGCAAGUGUUCGAAAAUCUCUUCAAUCCAUGUUAUUCUGAUGACUCUUUGAAGAAAGAACUUGGACCUAAGUAACAUGAUACAAU